CCAUGGAAAUUAAUGAUGUCACAGAUAGGUCACUAGAAUUUUAUUCUGGGCACUAAGAGCAGGGCCGCUUGGGCUUUUAGAAAGAGGAAGCCCUUUUAACAUCUGUAGCUGUUUGAGUCAGAACUUCAUAUGAUCAUGUGAGAGGGUUCUGCUGUUGGAAAAGAUGGCCCAAGUUACUGUUGGGGUGAUGAUAGAAAAGAAAGAACAAGAAGACCAAGACACAACAGACGGAAUGAGCGUUAAACUACUGAGUGACAAUGAAUUGCAGGAAAAACUUCUCAUGUAUGGUGCUGACCCUGGACCAAUACUACCUUCUACAAGGACUCUUUAUGAGAAUAAACUACUGCAGUUGGUGAAUCCAAGUCCACAAGGAUUUCGUGAUAAGCUAAAAGAAAGUGGAGAUCUUGAUCGGAGUUCAGGGAGUGAGGAAGAAAAAGAGACCAGUACUGAAGUAGUCCUUGAAACAAAAGAUUUCAAAGUGACAGCAGCUUGUGCCACUGGCUACAGUAAAGCUCCAUUCAGUGAAGUUUCGGAACGCCACAAGAAACUGCUAGCACCUGAUGCAGAUUACAGUCUUGCCAAGAUAGUGGCAGAGCUAGAGCAAAUAUUGCCAGAGGAUAAGUUGCCAGCACAUUGGACACAAGGACAGAAGGUGUCCGGUGGUAGCAGUCCCCAGACCACUCGCAGGACAAAGGCAGCUGACACAGCAGGUGACUCAGUUGUCAAAGAUGAUGGUAAAGGUGAAACUUGGGUUCCUGAUCCUCGCUCUCCCAUAGGAAUAAGUCCUGCUAGGAGAAGAUCCAUGAGAGAGAGUGGCCCGUCGACACAGGAUACUAUGGAAAAGCCCCCAGUUGAAAAGGAGAAGCCUCUGGUGGAAAAGAAGCCCAUGGGAGUAGCAUUAGAAAGGAAGGCGAGCCAGCAAGGAAUCCUAUCAAUGCCCAUAAGGGUUGCUAUACUUGCUGUCUUUGUUUUUGUUCUCUUUGUGUAUGUAACAAUGGAAACCAACCCAGACAAUCCAUUCACGAACUUCAUCCUGGGAAGAGGGUGGUAGUGCUGCCUUGACACCUAGCUAGGGAGCGUUCAGUAGUGACUGCAAAACAAAGCAGAUGCCUCUUUCACUCCCUACUUACAUGUGAACAAGCUCUUCAGGUAUGCAUUAAAAGGCCAACAGGAAAAAAAAACCUA